AUGAGGCAAAUAAAAGCAUUGAAAGAACAUGAUGCAUUUGAGGAUAUUGAUGAGUCUGAAGAUGAGAGGGUAGAGGAUAGUGAGUUAGAGGCUGAUGACGAGGAUGCGAUAGCUGCGUCGAAGGAUUUGUUGAAGCAGAAUAAGCAGCAGUAUGAGGCAUUAGUUAAGCAACUACGAAAGAAUGCAUUCAAAGGAGGACAGCAUGGUUCGAGGUGGCUGGUUCCGUUGCUUAGGGAUGAUGAUUGGUUUCAAUCUAUCCUAGUAUUGGCGGAUAAUGUUGAUGCUUGGAAGAAAGGGCCUGAGGAUUUGAAAGAUUUGUCAGCUCGUACGUAUGCGAAAGAGCAACAGGCUGAUAAAAAUCAAGCAAAUCGUAGACAUCAGGUGCGUAUGGAGGCAAAACAGAAGCAGUUUCAAGCGGCUGCGGCUCGUCAGGUAGCUGGUGCAGAUGAGUGUGUGCAGCCGGCAGUGGCGGCAGGGGUGACUAUGGCAGUUAUGCCAAGUAAUGAUGUUGUGGGUGGACAGCGGCUGGAUGUGCAUGGGAAGACGUAUUCGUAUGCGGCAACUGCAGCUUUGGAAGGGUCUCUUUUGCCCGUGGUUGAUGCUUAUUUGGCAACAGAAGACAAGUAUGUGCGUACGUUUAUUGACCAUGGGGCAGAUAUGUCUAUGAUUUCUAAAGAUGUGGCCGAGAAUCUGGGUUUGGCGGUGAGAAACAAUCUGUGUGGUGAGUGGGUGAAUGGGUUUGGUGGACCAAUGUUUGUGGAGUAUCAAGUGAGAUAUUUAGAUGUGACGGUGCCAACUUUAGUGGGUGAGCGUGUGGUGAAGCUUGAUGCAUGGGUGAUGGUUUGGUCCCGUAUGAAGCAGAUUUAUUGUUUGGAUGUAGGGAGUUAG